AUGACUCGGCCUCAGAUCGUCCUUCUCACCCUGGUUAGCCAGCUGGCUAGCCUGGCAACUGCAGACUGGCAGUAUAGAUCACGGCCAGACCUAUCUCCUCCCAAGUUGAACGUCACUGUUCCCGCGGCCGCCUCUACGGCUCCCGGCUACAUCUUUACCGCGCCGUACUUAGGGUUCGAUGCGGGCAGUACCGGCCCCGAGCAGCCGGGCGCGUACAUCUUCACCAACGAUGGCGAUCUGGUCUGGUCGGCCACUGGCUAUCUAGCCGGGUGGGUGGCAGACUUUAGUCCUACCGUGGUCGAUGGAAGGCUCGUCCUGCGCGCCUUUCAGGGGAGACUCGAUGCCCCGCACGGACGCAUGUACGGUGAUCAUGUCAUCCUGGACGACCAUUACGAAGCCAUCAAAACGGUCCGGGCAGGAUCGCAUCGACUGGUCUCGUGCCAUGAGUUCCAGAUACUAGAGGGAGAGACUGUUCUGAUUGAAACGCCGGUCUCAAUCCCCACCGAUCUCUCACCCUACGGGGGCGAUGAGAAUCAGACGUGGGUAGUGACGAAUGGGUUUCAAGAGCUCGAUAUUCAAACCGGUCAAGUCCUCUUUGAAUGGUACAGCUACGACCACGUUAGUCCCAAAUACACCCAUUUCCCCCUAGAAGAGACCGGCCCAUUUGGCGGACGCUCCUCCUUUGACGCCUGGAACUACUUCCACAUCAACAGCGUCGACAAGGACGACGAGGGCAACUACCUGAUCUCCGCGCGCAACUACGCGGCCAUCUUCAAGAUCAACGGCACGGACGGCGAGAUCAUCUGGCAGCUGGGCGGGCGCGCAGGCUCCGGCUUUGAGAUCCCUGACAGUGUGCAAUUCGCCCACCAGCACGACGCGCGCUUCCGGUACCGCUCCGCCGACGGCACCAUCGAGCAUAUCUCCUUUUUCGACAACGCGAUGCACACCGUCCCCGGCCAUGCUCUGAACCCGUUCUCCCGGGCGCGCAUUGUGGAACUCAACCACACCGCCAGCACGGCGUCCGAAGUGCGUACCUACACUCCCCCGGACGCGCUGGCCACCAAAUCCCAGGGCAACGUGCAGCUGCUGGCCAAUGGAAACGUCUUCGUCAACUGGGGCCAGGCGGGUGCGGUGACUGAGUAUGCCGAGGACGGGGAGGUGCUCUUCCAUGCGUUCCUGGACUCGGAGCCGUCGAAGAACGUGCAGAGCUACCGCGGAUUCCGCGCGGAGUGGACCGGCUUCUCGCCCGAGGAGCCCGCGGUGCUGGCGGUGCGCAGCCAGCAGGAUAGAUUGACGGUGUAUGUGUCCUGGAAUGGCGAUACCGAGACACGCACGUGGCAAUUCUAUUUGGUCUCGCAGGAGAAAAAUGUUCAGGUUGUCACGUCGAUCGGAAAGGCGAAGCGGACGGGAUUCGAGACUGUCUUCACGUCGCAGGUCGCGACUUCUGUGGUCGGGGAGGACUCGGUGCGUGUUCUGGCUGAGGCCUUGGACUCCAGAGGCCGGUCGCUUGGAAGGAGUAGCGCGAUCAAGCUGCAGGAUGAUGCGUUUUAUCCUUGGGAGUCUGCGAAUGCUGGUAGCAAUGGUCAGUAUGCGAGCGACCAGAUUAUACUCGAAUUGUGA